UGUGAGUGUCUGUUGGUGUACAGAGCAGCUGUUGGUCAACUCCAAUUCCACUGAUUUUCCAUUAAAUACAAGACUUUGAGAAACGAAUUAGCCGAUUAUAAAGCUAUUAUUUUUCACUCUGAUAACUGCCUUUUGACCAACAUCUGCUGCAUGAUAGCACCUUAGUGAAACUUGCCAAUAUUUCGGCAUAAAUCUAUACCAUAUGAAAUCUAUGAAAAUCUAUACCUUUUGUAGGGAGUAAAAUAGUAGAUUUUAUAUAAAUUUUUUGUCGCUUAUAAAAUUGAACGAGUUUGCAUAUCAAAUAUUUCAAAGUUUUAAAGCAGCUUCAUGUAACCAUAGUUGUAGUCCUAUAUUUAGUUUUUAAAUCUAAAAUUAAUGUCAAUAAUAUAUUUUUGUGAAUAAUAUAACUAUAUCGUUGUUUUAUUAAUCUGGUAACCUCACAAGUGCAUGACAAGGUAAAACUGUCUGGCGGUAGUAUAGAAUACCGCUAUCGAACAAGGGCAGUUCAAACCGAGGCUCUGCAGAAAAGUUUUGAACGGUCAGUGUAAGUCGUGGCAAUAAUAAAACUUGGGCUCAUAGGAAUGUAAUUCCCUGAAAAAUACAAAGACAACUUCGCUAUUAACUUCCAGACGCCUUCGCUCGAAACGUCAGUUUUGUCAACAGAAGUUUUGUCAGAAAAGUUUUGCUUGUCGUGAAAUAAGCAUUCUUAAUUAAAUUCACACGAAAAUAUUGGAUUACACGACACAAAUACUUCGCUUUCCUUCAGCGAAUGUGAAAGAGCAACGAGAUUUGACCACAUGCAUAGAUUUUAAAUAAAAUUUAACAAAACAAAUUUCCUAAAUAAACCAUCUUUCAUGUAAUCUAGUUACACGUUAUUCCGAUAAUCUGUGAAUCGCUUCGACCAAUCAGAGGACAAAAAAUAUGCGGAAACCAUGUCACGCUAUAUAUAAUUCGCCAAAAAAUCAGCCUGGUAGUAAUUCAUAAACGGCGCGAAGAUGUUGUCAACUGAAUAAUGGUUUCUUGUGCAGGUGAAAGACGAUUUGCUCAAUUUGAAAGAAAGAAAAACCGUGUUUAGCAUUUAAAACAAUUUUUGCUGACUGAUAAUGAGGGACUCGCUUAUUUAAUUUGGCCAUUUGCUCUUUUUGUUUUUGCUCAUCUGCUAUUCAACUGCACAGCCACAGGUGAGGAUUUAUUUUUUCUUGUAUAACUUGUAUAAUAACUAUAAAGUAAGACUUUUUAUAUCUGGUUGUUAAAAUAUUAACAAAACAAUUUUUUACCAUUUUUGUGAAAAUGAUGCAGUGUAAAGAUUAUGUGAAAUUCAAAUGUUAGGUCGGCUGUGUAGCAGUUUUAAAAUUUGUUUUUCUGUCUCGUUGGGAGCUGUUCGUUUGACAACAAAAUAUUCAUAAAUGAUGAUUCAUAAAUCAUUUUCAUGCUGAUAAACUUCUAUCUUGUAGGUCUUUGAACUUAGAAACACCACUUUCUAUCGUUUGCACACAACUUCACUCCAGAAAUUUGAUUCUCUCUCAAAACCAUGCACGGUCAGCCGAUAAUUCCAGGAACAUAUAAAUCCAAGAAAAACAGAUCAACUUGAAAUUCAAUAUAUGACCUAAACUUCAAAGCCAACCAAAUAACCAAUGAAAUAGCAUGACGUAACAAGACCCAGUGAAAUGGGAUAGUUGAGGCUCACUGAAAAUCAUUUGUCUUGUACUGUCUUCUAGAUUUCUUCGACUGUUGGUACACGUCAACUAGAAUGGCAAUGUGUAACUCUUUUCAUCGUCUGUUAUUCCUAUGGUUCUACAUUCUAUGUUUGUGUCAGAAUUCCAGUCUAGUUUCAGGUAAGAAAGAAGAUUGUACUAUUCAUUUUACUAUAUAUUCAUGCACAUGCCGAUUCUUUAGCCAAGGGCAAGGUUGUGGUUUAGCAAUUGUUUAACGAUACUAUUUAAAACACGAGCAGGAGUGCUUUAUCACAUAUAUAACCACCGAUACGUCAGUGAUUUCUUUUGUAUUUUCUUUAUGAAUUAUUAAUGAGUUUUUUAAGGAAUUUUAUUAACCACAGGCACCGUUUAUUACUGGCAAUUUUAUAUUGACCAGUGCAUGUGGUGAUCGGGUGCACCGAGUAAAUAUGGGUCGUGCCCAAUUGUCUACACUAUAACUAGAUUGAAUGCAAAGUGGUCUUUGCAUGUCUAUGACUUUGUACGCUGUGCGUAUUGCUGGCUAAAUAUUCACAGAAAAAUACUAGUAAUUAUAGUUCUGCAAUAUAGUUUCAUUAUCGCUUUCAUUUUUAAGCCCGGAUCGAUGAGACGAGGAUGAGAGUGCAUGAGAGUUGGGAGUCACGCGACCUUGGCCGGGCGGUUAGCUGUUCUUACCGCUUUCCCAAACUAUCUGCAUGUAUUUUAUUUAAGUUAAAACAUAGUUGGAACACUUAUCAAACCUUGAUUUUUGUUACCAGAGCUUAUAAUGUCCCCCGUAACAAUGCGUGACUGGCACUCUCAUCAACUUUCAUCCUCGUUUGAUCGCGACUUUAUAGUUUAAGUCGGUUUCAUUUUCGGUUUCAUUUUCGGUUUCAUUUCUAGUUUAUGUUUCACUUGGUAUUUACCUCACGCCAGCUAGGAGCUUAUGUUUUCAUGGGCGUUUGUAAGUAGAUUGAUAGAUAGAUAGAAACUUUAUUUAAAUUGACGCUAACCUUUGUCAACCUUGGCUGCCAUUUCAACAAGGGGCGUGUAUAAUAAAAUAUUUACAUGAAUAUAACAUAUGUAGUAAGAAAUUUAACGAAUAACGGUACAAAAACCCCAAACUAUAGAAUCUCCCAAACUGUAGAACACCCUUUCACCCUUUUAUACUUUUAGUGAAGCAUAUCUAUUUACAACUUUUUUGUACAUUGUCCUUCAAAAACUGUGAGUAGUGACUCUAGUUUCAAACGACAUGAGGGAAUUACUUUUACUCGAGAACAAUUAAGUCAAGUUUACUGAUGGGCCAUUCCAUUUAAUAUACACCCCCCCCUAUGGACGAGAAUUUCCGAGGGGGGUUGAAAAAGGCGUUUCUGAGGGGAUGUGUGCAUCGGCAUCCUUUGAUCUUUGCGUUUUUUCUGAGGGGUAAGGCAAAAAUUUCUUAAUUUCUGGGGGGGUGUUUGUGUCGGCACUUUGAUCUUUUCUUCUUAGGGGUUCAAAAUUUAUUGGCCUCGUACAUAGGGGGGUGUGUAUAUUAAAUGGAAUGGCCCGAUGUAAUGGCGGUAUAAUUAUUUAUAGUCUGUAAAAACUGAUUUCCAUACGGCAUACAAAUGAUCGUCUUCAUCGGUCACACCGCCAACAUGACGAGCAGUUGAGAUGUGAUUUCCAGACAGUAAUAAAGUAAGCCGGCAUAUGAUCAGUAACCUAAGGAGAGUGAACCUAUAUAGAGAGAUGGUUGCACAUGUCAGGCUGGAAAUGGGGACUUUGGAACAUAAACAUCGCAGAAAAAGAAAGUCCCCCCCCUAAAUAUAUCAUCAUAAGUUCUACAUAAAUGAUUACCUGAUAACACACCUCAACACGAAUUAGACCUAUGGUAGUUUUCUUAAUGCUGUUUGAAGAAUGGGGUCAUUCAUGCUCUAAACUUAGCCUCCACUGAAUACAAAAAUGCCCAAUUUCAAAAUUUACAACAGUAAAUUGUUUCAUCAAUGAUUUAAUAAUGGGUGUAACCACUCGCCAGAUCUCAACCCAAUUGAGCAUCUUUGGGACCGGCAAAAGCGAUCUGUCUAUCGUCAGUUCGAAGAAUACAGCAUCUGGCUCAUAGCUGAUUUAGCUCAAUUGUUGCAGGAGGAAUGGAUGGCUAUAUAUCUCAACGGCGGGUGAACAGACGAUGCCUUGAGGUGACCGAGAAGCGUAGUGGGUACACCAUUAUUAAAUCAUUGAUGCUAAUUACUGUUGUUGUGAAAUUUAAAUAAAGUCAUUCUUGUUAAUUUUGAAAUUGGGAGUUUUUGUAUUCGAUGGAGGCUCAUAGUCACAAAACAGACAACACAAAGUUUUCUUGUAUUCAAAUGAAAUAAUGCAGUAUUUUAUAUACUGAGGAAUGGAACAAUGAGGAAUGAAAAGACAAUGGAUCAUUCUGAUCACUGGAUCCUGACAAGAUGGUGCUAUGUUACUCAAGUGUUAUGCAAAGGUCCCAUUGACAUGAACCCUGAUCUCUUUCAUUUUAGGAACAACAAGAGAUUAUUUCAAUGCAAAACGUCGUUUGGUGGAAUAUCUUACAAAUGAUUCAGAAAUAGUGAAGGAAAUUAUUCCAGCUCCCGACUUCAAUACACCAAUGCAAGUUAAAGUUAGAAUCACUUUACAUCAAAUUGCGGAUGUGGUAAGUUCACUGACCUCCAUAUAGCUGGAGUAAGAAUUUCAUUCAAUAUGUGGCGUUAGAUGGAGGAAAACCUGCAAUUAUUAGAGUAACAAGAAAAUAAUAUUAAUUCUUUUCAUUAUAUACAGACAUGCAGUAAUGGAUGUAGUUUCCCUCGCACGCCGCUCUUUGAGUUGAGGUUUCUCCCCACGAGCGGCAGUGGCGUGCUGGGUACUAAUUUUCUGGGGGGGCCAAUGGGCUUUCAACUAAUAUGCGCCCCUAUAUUGUAACGCUUGAUAAACGAAUGUCGAAGGCACGAGCUGAGCGCCGCAGGUGCGAGGUUUCUCCAGGGGGGUCCGGGGGCAUGCCCCCUCGGAAAAUUUUUGAAUUUAGGGUCUCUGAAAUGCCAUUUCCUGGACUUUGGGGGGAAGGUUUGACAGAAAUCUGAUGGUCAGGAAACGGCAUUAUAAAGUGUUGAAAUUUGCAAUUUGAUUAGAAUUUAGUAGUAGUACUUAAAUUGGGCAAUGCUAACUCAGUUCCAGCGAUUAAUCUAAUCCCAAUUCUAUUCUCUACUGAUCUGGUGAUCUGAAUACAUUUACAACAUACAGCUCUUUUAUACAAUAACACACGUAUCCCACGCACAUGCACUUUAAGGUUACCUUGCUUGACUGCCAAAAGGGCGCGUUUCAGCAUUAUCUUAUCACUUACAUUACUCAUGAGUCAUGAUGUUUCUUGCACAAACAACUAAAUUCCGUACACAACUUACAUUAUCAAAACUAUCUAAUUUGCGCCGCUCUCGCGAUUCGUGAAGCAUAAUACCUUCAUAAUAUAAGAGCAUAAUACCAGCAAAAAAGGGCAUAAUUCCCGUGAUCGCUUCGAAACCUGACCAAUAUUCCGGUAAUGAGACAUUGUGUGUGAUCACUGAUCAUGUUUCUAUAUGAACGAUUUUGUGUGAGCCGUGAAGUAGCAAAUUAGCAAAUUCGGUUAGAGUCUGUAAUUUAAUAUAUCACUUUGUCGUCUAUGCUCUUAGUCUCGAUCUGUUGAUAAGCCUAUAUAAAUAUAAACUUCUUGACGGAAGUAACUAUAUUUUUUCAAAUGCGUUUUUCCCACCCACUUUCAAAAUUCCGCACGGGACGGCGCCCCCUUUUCAUUUUUGCGCCCCCCAAGAAUUGCCAGCUGGGGGGGCCGUGGCCCCCCAGCCCCCCCCCUGCCAGCACGCCACUGACGAGCGGCUGCUCACUCGAGCACAACAUUCCUUUCCUGAAAACAACCAAUCACAGUAAUGCUUUUAAAUUUCGGAAACAUAUGACCUUGGACUUAUUAAGAUAUUUAGGGACGGACCAUUAGAAAAGUGAUUUUCUAAGAAAAGGGAUUUUCUAAGAGGCAAUAUAUUUUUUUUGUACACCUAUGGAAGAUUUUUUUUCUCACUUGAUGGCUGGAAAUAUUUUUUAAUUGAAAUUUGUAGGCUUAUCUUCCAAGCUAGGAAUUUUUUUUGCACUAUGCCUGGGAAAAUUUUGUUUUUCCUAAUUUUUUUCUGGGAAUAUAUAUUUUUUGGUUUUGCUCCCCCCCCCCACGUCUGUCCCUUAUGUCGCUAAAUUAAUUUAGAUAUUUAUGUCGCUAAAUCUGAUUGGCUAACGUAAGACAAAGGGAAUGAAAUGUUGUGCUCGAGUGAGCAGCCGCUCGUGGAGAGAAACCUCGAUACAAAGAGCGGCUGCGAGGAGACUAUAAUGGAUGCAGGUAAAUAAAAUUAAAAGACGUAGUUUACUUUAUUGCGCCUCUCAGUUGUGAACAGUUGACUCAAAUUACUUACCAAUUCUUUCAUUUUCCUUGAUACAAGAUAUGAAAAAUCAAGUAGUUCGUCUAACAGUUUGGCUCGGAUUUGAUUGGAAUAAUCCGUUCUUAACGUGGGAUCCUGCGGAGUACGGAGGGAUUGAACGUGUCCAUGCUAAUCAUAAACAUUUCUGGGUGCCUGAUGUUACAUUGUUUAAUGAAUGAGUUCUGUCUUCCUGUUUCUUGUUCUGUCAGCCUAGGAAACAAUCGGAGAUUCACAUUUUAUCUCAAUGGCAGAAUAACUAAGAAAAGACUUUCCUAAUUUUCGUAGGUAUUCGUUUUCAUAUAAUAGUUUAAAUUCAUUAUUUCAGAGCAAGUCUUGAAGAAAUCCUCUACGAACGUUUAGCGACAAAACUAAUCAUCAACAAAAAUGGUGAUUGCACGUGGAACGUUCCAACAACAAGAUCGAGGUAUUCCGGUUUCCGUUCGACGAACAAAAAUGCCAUAUUUCCAUUGGCUCUUGGACGUAUUCGGGGCAUAAAAUUAACAUGACCUACAUCGAACGGCAUGCGGACAAGAGUUAUUUUAUCGAAAGUGGGGAAUGGGAAGUCGAAAGUGCGCUUUUGCGCAAUAACUUAUUGAAGUACUACGGUCCAAAUAAGUUGCCGUAUCCAGAUGUUACCUUAACUUUGAAAAUAAAACGCCGUCCAUUGUAUUAUUGCGUGUACAUAGCCCUCCUUUCUGCACUAAUCUCGGUGUUAUCCUUACUUAGUUUCAUUCUGCCGACAGAUAACGGUGAACGAAUGUCAUUAGUGAACGGUAUUCUGGUUGCAAAUUCCGUCUACAUAUUAAUUGUAUUCUUUAUGUUACCGGAAACCUCCGAAGGUAUUCCGGCUCUCGGGAUAUACCUUACUGGCAAUAAUAUUUUAAUCGUGCUAUGUUUGUGUGCAACAUGUUUGAGUAUUAAAUGCUAUGGCCGGACCCGCCGCAUGUCGAGAAUUAUGUGGAAGAUAUUUCAUGGUAUGGCAAGAUCUGUCCGCGUCAAAUUUAGUGAAGAAGACAUUUUGCGUUUUGAGACGAUUUCAUACCACCUGGAUAAUGAGAGCGAAGAAUCAAACACAGAUGAUAUUGCUUUGGAGAACAUGAGCCAAAAAUUAAUAAAAAGUUUCGAAGCUGCUUUGCGUGAAGUAAUACGGCCUUUCACUAAGGAAUUAAGCUCCAAACAUGAAGAUGAAGAAGUUGCAAAGAAUUGGAAAACAUUCGCGAAAGUUCUCGACAGAGUUUUUCUGAUAAUCUUUGUUUUAAUCUACACUGUCUUGAUUGCCUUUUUUUUGUAUUUUUUUUAACGUGAGUGUCUGUUAAUUUUUCGUACAGUAGAUGGUGGUCAACUUUGGAAAUGUUCACACUAUAUAAGAGCACGAAACUAUAAGACCGUAUCUCUGCAAUAUUUGCAUAUAGAAUAGAAUAGAAUUUAUUUGCACUAAAAAAAAUAAUAACAAGAUUAUUAAAAUAAAGUUUUACAUGAAAAACAACGGUGCUAGCUGGGAAAUUGGAGUAACCAAAGUUUUCGAUCCAAUUAAUAAGAAAGAAAAUUAGACUGUAUCUUAAUAUUUGCAUAUUGCUCGAUCGUUUGCAAUCGACGCCAUCUUGGACCUGGUUGAUAAUCAAAACAUCUAAAAAUCUAUAUAUUCUUCUUUCUUUGUCGUAUUGUGCCAGAAAUCAUAAACUAUCCAUAAUACAGUAAGAUGUUUUCAAAACAAACCAAAAAUAUUAAACUAACUCAACUAUUUCGAUGUAAACUGUUGGACAAAACUUUAAAAUCAACCAAGAUGGCGCCUAAUGUCGUAAUGACAUGUAGUGACGUCAGGUGCAAGCGAAGAAUACAAGGUAACAAGGCUUUAAGAAAAUAAUUAGCCGAUUGUAAUUUGUAAAGCUAUUAAUCAGUUCCCACUCUGAUGCCUCUUGUCUUGACCAUCAUCUGCUGCACGGGCGUCAAUCGAUAACCAGAUGAAAAUUUAUUAUAAGAAAUAAAAUAGAAUAAUAGAAAUUGUUAUAAGCUCUUAUAGAGAGUAAAAUAGUAGAUUUAAUAUGAUUUUUUAGUCGUUAUAAAAUUGAAAGAGUUUACAUGCAUAUCAAUAUUAUAAUUACAUCAUCAUGAAUUUAAAGCAGCUUCUUGUAGUUUUACUAAGUUUUUAAAUCUAAAAUUAAUGUCAAUAAUAUUUUUGUAUAAUUUUUUUGAACCGAAUUGGAAAUAAACAUAUAACUAUAAGUGUGUUUUGUGUUUUAUAAAUCUGGAUACCCUCACACGUCACAAUUCAAAAUUAUCUGACAGUAGCAUAUAAUACCGCUAGCGAACAGGGGCAGUUUAAACCGAGGAAAAGUUUUGCAGUUGUUACAAAUAAGCAUUCUUAAAUUCGCAGAAGAGAUUGGAUUACCGAUAAAGGACGUUGAAGUUUUGUAUUUUUCCGGUUGCUUUCCUUCAACGAACGUUAAGAGCAACGAGAUUUGGCCACAUGCAUGGAUUUUAAAUAAAAUUUAACAAAGCAAAUUCCCUAAAUAAAUCAUCUUUCAUGUAAUCUUGUUAGACUCGUUAUUCCGACAAACUGCGACAUCGCUUCGACCAAUCAGAGGACGAAAAAAUACGCGGAAACCAUAGCAACGCUAUGAUUCGUCUAAAAAGUGAGUUAUCUUAGUUAUUUCAUGCUUAUAGGGGGUAUAUAAGAAUACAUUCAAGUCAGUCCGGCAGUAUUCAUAAAAAGCACGAAGGAGUGUUAACUAUAUAUACAAUGGUUUUGCUGUUUGUGUGCAAGAGAAAGACGAUUUGCUCAAUUUGAAAGAAAAGAAAGGCGUGUUUAGUUUUUAAACCGAUUUUUGCUAACUCAUAAUGAGGGACUCACUUAUUUGGCAAUUUGCUCUUCUUAUUUUUACUCAUCUGCUAUUCAACUGCACAGGUGAGGAAUUAUUUUUUCUUGCCUAUAAUAACUAUGCAAGAUUUGUAUAUCUUUUCAUAUGUGGCUGUGAAAAUAUUGACAAAAUACUAUUUUUACCAGCUUUGCAAGUGAUACACUUGAUAUAUGAAAUUCAAAUGCUGGGUCGCCAGUGUAACAAUUUUAAAAAUUAAUUUCCUUUGUCGCGUCGGAAGUUGUCCGCUUGACAACUUGCUCAUUACCGCGUAUUUUCACGCUGGGAAACUGACUGUUUCUUAUAGUGCAUGUACAAUAUGAAAUUUAUAGUUUGUAGCGUGAUCUUUAUAUGUUAUUUUGUUAAACGUGGAAUUAAAUUGACUUUUUGUAGGCAUAGCGCAAAUAUAGGCCGAGAGAGUGAUUAGCCCAUCAGCUGUUUCCAAAUUAUUAAAAUUGCGACAUUGAAGACGUAUGGCGUUGUUUAAAUAACGGUAUUAUGUAUUGUUGCCUUAUUUGAGGAAUUUUUGUCAAGAAAUACAUAGAUGACACACUGAUAUAUCGGUUUAAAUGUUCCAUCGUUUACACAUUUUGAACUAAAUAAGUCGUUUAUGUAAAAUGAGAGGAACAUCUUAAAUUGCCAUUUUUUGUUAGUGCGUGUUGCAGGUUCUGCAGCAGCUCAGUUCUAAAAAAAAACAUAUUAAAAGUUUCGCUUUAUAAAGAGGUUUAUGUCUUCCGAAUGUUAUAGUAUCUAGUUGAAAGAGACUUAACACCGAAUCAGUAAAAACAUUUGUCGAAAUAAAUAUAUUUUACACAUAUUUUGCCUCGUCAUUUGUCGAUCUUUUACUCAUAGAUAAAUCUUUAAUUUAUUUUUCAAUUUUUGCAUCAGUGGGGAAUUGCUUUCAAUUCUCUAGGCAAGCUUAUCUUUGAAAUAUGAAAUCCAAUCUCUUGCCAUCUUCCACAUAAUUUAAUGCCUGAUACAUCGACAUCGUAAUUAAACUUCGCAACUUUUUAACGACUCUUUAAAGUUUGCAUUCACUCCUGAAAUUAAGAUUAGCAAAACAAAAGUUGGUAAAAACGCGAAACAAAAGAAUGCAAUGAACUGUGCAAAAUGAGCAUCACUGUAAAGCUAUAAUGUUCCAAAUGUUAGUCAUUUAUGCUCGCACAAAAAUGCUUGUCGCUUUGUUUUUGACAGGCUUAACUGCAAAAAGUGUUUUGCGUUGUUUUUGGCUGCCCUAAUUCAUUUCCAUUAAUGUGGAGUAGGCGUUUAUCAAACGAGAUAUUCAUUAUUGAGCAAGCACGUUUCGCUUGUUUCUGUAAUAACUUCUCGAUAACGAUGUAAUAUAUUCUGCAGGUGCAUGUAAUAAUGGCCUGUAGUUUUUGCGGUGAACAAGCUGGAAUCAUGGAAUAUAUUAUUGCAGUCUAAUCAGUACGAAACUAAAUCUUGCAGAAAUUAGCCUGAGUGUCAGGCCAUAUGUUUUCUUAUCAGAAAUGGGGUUUGGCGAAUUUGGUACAAAAAUUAUGAUUCAUUCAAGAUACUAAAUUUAUUUGCUGUUAUAGUUUUAAUAUAUAACAAUGUGCAUCAAAUAGAAAAAGAAAAACAGGUCAAAACAUUUUGAACAUGUAUAAAGUCAUAGCACAAUUAUGAGCACUGAAAUACAAUCAGUUAAGUCUUAAGAUGCAUAUUUUAUACAAGCGGUGGGAAUUUUUCAACCAAAAACAGCUGAACAUAGCCAUAGGCUAGCUCUUUAGAGCCGAUUAAAGACAAACAAUCAUCAUAUGUGUGAGAUGCAUGAAUAAUUUUAACAUGGUUUUAAUUAAGCCUUUAAAGUAUUAUAAUCCUGUUUCUGAUAACAUAUAAUUCUAUGACUAUGUGCACAAGAGUCUGUUUACAUUGAGGCCAAGGUGACCCUAUCGCUUAUAACGAAUAACCAUAGAGUAAUAACUGUUUCAAAUAUACUGAUGUUUUAAAAGUUUUCUGAGCAAAUACAUCUACGGGAUAGUAACUUUAAUUCCAGUUGUAUAUCCAAAUAGAUUCACGAAUACUUCACUGGUUAACUUGACCGAUUCAGUAUAUAUAGACUAAUUAGCAUAAAUAACGCUAUAUACAAAGUGUGUAUGUAACUAUAACAGAUUCACAAUUCUCAAAUUUAAAAGUCACUGAGCAUACAGUGUAACAGAGUAGUGUCACAGAAACAAAACAGCAUUGACCAGCGAGACUGAGAUGUUAUUUCCAAGCACUUUUCAACAACACUUCGCAUGCAUGUGAAACUCCCCAGUUAUGUCUGCAGAGCAUGCUAGUAAUCAGUACGGUGUCUUUGAUGCAAAAUAUUAAACACGUAUUGAAAAUAGGACAAAGUCUCAGUAAGAGACACUCAGUGUUGAUACACUAUCGACCAUGAGGUUAGAGUUACUUGAUGUGGCAGAUAUCAUUUCGUCUUUAAACUUAUGAUCUUUGAAAUGAAAGAUAAUACAACUUAAAACAUCGUUAUAUGUAUAGAUGUUUUUUUGCAGUUGAUAAAAAUGUCUUUGACAGACUAGUGGCCUUUACCUCCUCAAGUUAAGCUGGAAACUUUUAGCAAGAGUUUGCUAUACUUCUCUUUUACAAGAAAGAACUAGUCGAAUCAUUUUUAACGAAAAUUACUAUUCUUUUUUCCAUCUUAUCUGCACCGCUAUUUAUAGGUCUUUAUCAAUCAAGCAGGAUAAGAUCACAGUUAUCCAAUUUUACCCCAUGUUGGGCGUAUAUCUUUGAUGAAAUGACUGAAUAAUAAAGAAUAUUAUUUUCUCCAUUAUUCAAAACAUUCUAGACAUUUUCCUUGGUUAAUACAAACAAAACGGUAAAGUAAAGUUUCCCUUGUUGUUUCACAUUAAAAAAAUUCAGACAUGACACUGUUUUUGCAUCAAUAAAACUGCAAUAAGUUUUGAAAACGUCCGACAGGUGUUAACUGGUUAUAGGUUGGAAUCGCCAUAAGGUAUUUAGCGUCUCAUCACGGGGUUAAUUGCUCACUUACAAUCUUUUACUCUGAAGCGAUUAGCGUUCCUUUUAAAUGUGCCGGUACUCUGCACCAGUACACAAUUUAAAAUUUUAUUCUGAAGCGAGAUAAUUGUAUCGACGAGAAAGUCAGUUUGUAUUUAAGCCCUAGAAACUUUCAGAUUGAGAGGAAUUCAACUACCUGAAAAUACAAGCAAACUUUCGACUUUUUGAGCGAAGGCCCUUCUGCCUUCAUCGGGAAGCUAGCUACUAACUUGCAGUUGGCUGUUAACUGUUCGAUGAAGUACCUUCGCUCGAAAGGUCGAUGUUUUGCUUGUAUUUUUCAGGUAGUUGAAUUUCUCGCAAUGCAAAGCUUUCUCGUGUUAUUGUCACUGUCACAGUCAGACCGUCUGGCUUUAAGUCUUCAGUUCUAUCUUUCUUUAUAAGCACCAUUCAAACGAGUCCAACAUGUAUCCUCUAACAUUGCGGCUGGUCCAACAAUGUUCGACAAUGUUGGAUUUUAAACAAAGUCAAAUAUUGCUUAUCAUAAUUCAUUUCCAGGUUCAAAAGUGAAAAAAAAUGCUGAGUUACGGCUGCGUAAAGAUCUCUUGGAAAACCAUAAUUCCAAAACACUUCCUUCAUUGAAUGACACAACUCCAGUGACUGUUAAAAUCAGCCUUACGCUACGGCAGAUACUCGAUGUUGUAAGUAAAUAAUUUCUUUCUAGACUAACACUGCACCAAUUGCAAUACUGGGCGGCCUUUUUGAAAAUGGGGAGAACUGUUCAUAACAGAUAGAGCUAGUAUCCAGUAUAAAUAAAGUUAGUUUAGUUUGCUUUCCUCCUCAGUAGUAACACUGGAUUAGUAAGAGAUGAUAUCAUUACUGGACCUCUAGGGAGAAAAGUUUAGAACAGAUAGAGCCGUCCAGCAUAAAAUAAAGGUAGUUCAAAAAGCUCUUUAUUCAUUUAAUUUAGGAUGAGAAGAAUCAAAUAAUGAUUACGAGUAUUUGGUUUCGACAAUUCUGGAAAGAUAAUAUCCUGAGUUGGAAUGCUUCAGAGUAUGAUGGAGUAGAAGAAUUGCACCUGACCAAGAAAGAGGUCUGGGUACCAGACAUGAGUAUUUACAAUACGUAAGUAACACGUGGCAUCUAUUGAUUGGUUGAUUCCUCUCUAUCUUGAAUUACCUUCUCGCCCGUUGUCUUGAUCUUGUAUUCCUUCAUCCUUUCUUUUCGAAGCAAUGAAAUUCUAGUACGACUGAAACUUCAAUCACGUUUACCUCUAUUGCAGAGCAUCAAACUAUGGCAUUCUCUACCAAAGGCUAGACACACAAAUAGUAUUGAAGCACGAUGGCCAAAUCUCCUGGCUAGCUCCGGUUCACGUGAAAACCGAAUGCAAAAUCAAUGUGAAAUAUUUUCCUUUUGAUGAACAAAUCUGCCGCGUCACUUUCGGCUCCUGGACGUACCAUGGUUUUAAAGUGGACCUCCAGUCUGGCCACGCUGACAUCACCAAUUUUGUCAAGAAUACGGAAUGGGAUCUUAUUGAAGCAUAUUUCACCCGAUUUGUGAAAAUAUACCCUUGCUGUGAUGAGCCUUACCCCAGCAUAACAGUUAAUAUACGCAUAAGACGUCGCGCGCUCUUUUAUCUCUUUAAUUUGGUCAUUCCUUGUGGAGUGAUAGCCCUUCUCGCAUCUCUCUCAUUUUUUCUCCCCUCCAGCAACGGUGAACGCAUUUCUUUGGUAGUAACUGUACUGUUGUCUCUAACUGUCUACAUGUUGAUUGUAUCGGAGACUAUGCCCCCUACCUCGGAGGUUGUCCCCCUGAUUGGAAAGUUUUAUAUAUCAACUAUGGUUCUUAUCGCGUUAACACUAGUUGCUGUUUGUAUCACCUUAAACUGCUCCGAGCAAGACACACGCAUGUCGGGAUGGUUGCGAGAAAUUCUCAUAAAUAUCAUAGCGCGAUUCUUGUGCGUUUUACAAAAACCACCGAUCCGAACAAACGCAAUAGGUCUCCGUGUAAAUGAAGCUUUCGUCGUGAGCAAUAAUUUGGAGAGGAUUCCUAAACCCGAACCCAAACAAAACCAAGAAGGAAAUGUCUUCCCCCCAGCUUCAAACGAGACUAACCAGCGAGCAGUGGACGCUUUAAAAGUGAACUCGAUUAAAAACGACAACACUGGAAAAAGUGUUGAAGAUGUGGUGCGACAACAAAAAAUCAAAACUCAAAAAGAAAACAAGGAAAUCAGGUCAGAAUGGAAAAUAGCAAGCAAAGCUCUUGAUCGUGUCUUCUUCCUUAUUUUCCUUUUCUCGUUUCUGCUUAUGUCGAUCAUCGUUUUCUCUGAAGCACCAAAUGUUUCCCUGACGUAAUACAAAUGAAGACAUUCUCACCUAUAUGUGACCAGAGAUAUCUUAUAUACCCUAGAUAGUGCAUCUAAUUAUUCUGCAAUUCAAAACUGAAUUGAAGCCGUGAUUGCAGUCUCAGGUCGUUCCCAUGAAAUGAGAAGAUUCGUAUAUUUUUUAUUUCUUAACUAACACGGAACUUAAACAUGAAGUUAACCCUAUGCCAAAUACGUUUUUAAACUAUUCAAAUGAUGAAAGUUAUUGUUAUUUUUAAGCGUUUAUUAGCAAGUGGGAACGACCAACAUGGCCGCCAUCUUUUCAAAUGGAGGUAUUAACCACUGGAAUAUUCUUGGCUUCAAUUUUACUAAAAGAGAUGUGCUAUCUAGUGUAUAUAAGAUAUCUAUGUAUGUGACGGGCAGAAAUCAGGGGCAUGGGGCUGGGGCGUGUUAAUAAACCACGCGCAAACUAUGGAAAAGAAGUUGAACAAAAUGGAUAAGAUCUUUAAUGUUAAUAUUGUAGUGUAGAUAUGUUAUAUGUAUUGCUGUAUUGUUGUAUAUAAUUUAUAGCCUGUGUAAGUUAUUCAAACGUACAAGGUACUAAAUUGCAUUAUUGGUUAAAUAAUAUGAAUAAAAUUGUUAAUUAUAAUGUAUAAUGAAGCUGAAUAAUAGUCCAAUUUAGUCCAGUGGAGAUUGGCGAUAAGCUAUCCAGUCAUAAAAUUAUUAGAUCAGAAAUAUAUGUGCGCAACCAAUCAGAAUGCACGAUUGCGACAUGCUGCCAAAGUUUAAAUUUCAAGAUGGCCGAAGAAAAAGCUUUCUUGGAUUCUUGCAAUUUCUUGGUCAACCUCGUACCCAGGAUCUUUCAUUGGGAAAGACCCUGGCUGCGGCUGGUCACGUGCCUCAUCAAAAAUUUAGCGCCUGAGGGGGUGUGGGGAAAGUAUCAAAUUACAUCAACAUGCUUCCAGUGGGAUAUUCGUUAAAAACAUAGAUUUUGCGAAUUAUUACGUUCAAAAUACUUGCUAAUUUUUGUUUAUUUUCUUUGCUUUGAAUUUACAUGAACAUUGUUACAUUCUUACUUACAGUCAAGUCAAGAAACCAAGCAAAUCGUUACUCGCAGUGCUCUCUCGUGUUGUUAUUCAAUGCAUGCUCUCUUCACACUCGAGCGCGGUUAUAACAAACGUUUGUUGUAAUGUUUUUAAAAUAGGCCAUUACAUUUGUCCUUUCUUGUAAACGUUGAUACGCUUUGCACCGAUUCACUUGUUACUACGCGUCUUGUUUAUAAGAUUUUUAAAAGAAACAGUAUUGUCUAGGACUGGCCCAAAUAUUAGCAAAUGUAAACAUUUGAUAAUAGCCGAACAGAGAAAUGUCCAUAAGCAUAGAGGAAAUUUCAGUCAUUGAUUUAUCUGGAUUUACUACAUAAAUUCGUAUUCGGUAAUUAUAGUAAGCCUUUAGCCUUUUUCUUGGUCUCUAUUAAUCAUUAUAUUGUGCUAAUAUACUAUAAUCUAUAUCACAAAUUUACAGUGUCAGAUGCGCACAGACCGUCAUUUGGCGUCAUACGAAUAGACAUAAAUUUUCGAGUUUUCUACUUCUACUAACAUUUUUAAAGUAUUCAUUGUGAAUCACCUGUUUAUCUCUAAUUCAUUAAUCAUUUGCUACUUAUAUUUAUUUGAUAGUGUCAAUGUCAUAUAGUGAAUAAUGCGUUUACACACAAGCAAUCCUGGAUAUGAUAUAGACGAUGCAAGCUGUCCAUUAAAAAAUAACGGUAUUCUAUUUCACAAAGCAAAAAUUUAAAUCUCACUUGUAUAUAUUAAGAAUGCAUAUAAAGCAAAAAAUUAAAGCUUAUUCAUGUCAAAACGAAAGCUGUUUACAAAAUUUAUAAAGGUGGUGAACACUACUAAACAGUGCUCAUUGAAAGACAUGUAUAAUACAGUGACAUAUAAUUUGCCGUUUGACUUAUCUUUGGUGUAUGAUUUUAAUACCGUAGAUUUUCAACAGACAGCUAUACUUUGACAUAUACCAUGAUCGUUGGAUUCAGCAAUGCCAAGGGCCAAUUUUAUAGUCUUUUGACGGGCUUUAAGUUUUUUGAUAAGGCCUUUAUAUAGAUCAACAAUCUGGAUACAGUUGGCGAUAUUUCGGAAAUCAAAAGAUCUCGCUAUUUCGUUGCAAUUCCACAUCUCAUCAAUAAAUAAAUUCUUUUGGUCCGAGUAUCAGGAUAAACUUUAAUACUAAAUAAAUAACAACCACACUGUUCGGUCUAGAGAUAUAUAUUUUCUUGUAGGUUUAAUCACAGUUUAAUAUUGCCACGCUGCACAAGCGUGCUUUCUUUGGCAAGUCUAUAAUGAAAUCUGAUCCAACUUGCUUGAAUUGUAACUCGACACCAGAUUAUAGAGUAGAACGUCACGACAUAAAUAUUAAUUCAAAGAGUUCUCUUUAUAAUUACGAUUUCUUGUUGCAAAUUUACAGUAAAUUUCAUCACCCAAAGUUGCAAUUUUAAAACGCUACAAACACUCUCCUUUCCCACCCCUCUCACAGUUACAAUUAAAUUUACCUCCCAGAAUCUGGGAGGCACGUGACCAGCCGCAGCCAGGGUCUCUCCCAGAUGACAGACGGAGAGACCCUGGGAACGAGGUUGUUUCUUGGUCUGAGAAAGUAUUUUAUUUCGCUUCAUUUCUGGUAAGUAUUUUGUCAAUGUAAUAAAAUAACUAAGAAAUCACUAGCUUUAAGUGUAAAUGUUUGUGUUAUGUUUUAUUGUUUUAAGUUGUGCUGUUUAGUUUUAAAAUUACAAAAGUGUUCUUAGUUCUUUUAUUAAUAUAUAAAAACGAGGUAUUUUUGUAUCUUUCAAACUCACUAAACUCUUAUUGCUUGAAUUGUUUUAUAGAAUAACAGUUUAGUAGGAUAGUUCUAUUAAUUUGAAAACGUUUAAAAGCAAUGCUUUUUAUAUGGCGAAUCAUUUUAUUUUAAUAUUAAUGAAAUAAUCUCACCUGGAUAUAGCAAUGCAACAAAAUAUUUUGAAUUUUGAUUAUUUAUUUUAUUUCUACUGGGGUGUUUUCCAUUGGAUGGUAAUGAUAAAAAAGUGUUACAAUACACUUCCACAAGUUCUAUUGUCAAUGUAUUUUGUCUUUAGUGUUGCUGUACUACCAAUAAUAACAAUAAUAAGUUUUUUAUAUUUUAUAGUAGGUUUUAAGGUAUAUAUGAUCAUUUUUGCUAUCAUUUUAUACUGAUGAUCUAUGCAUGCCAAGUUUUUUAGGUUAUUAGAGAAUGCACCAUUGUCCAACCAUCUUACCAUCAUAUACUACUAGUUGCUGUAUAAACAAUUCACAAAUCAUGAAAAUUUUGGUAAGCACUGCCAAUAUUUGACGUUUUGGAAAAACGGUCCUACACCAGUUGUCAUGUUUGUGCCAAUGUUUCAUACCCUUGCCAAACUAUUGUCUUGAAAUGUUUGAUAAUAUCUUUCAAAAGGCCUAAUUUUUAAAAAUUUAUUUAAAAAUUCAUCCAUGUCAAAUAAUUUGUAAUAUAAAACCAGUGCCGUAGCCAGAAUGAUAAUUGGGAUAUUCAUAUAUUUGUGUUCACAUACCAUAAAAACAAUUGAUUUCAAACUGAGAAAUUAAUAAAGCAGAACACGAAUAUAUGAAUAUGUGCCCCCCCCCCUGAAUAAAACAAGUAUUUUUUUUAGCUAGGAGGUUAUAGAGACCUUAAACAGGCUUUCUGAUUUAGACCCUUAGUUUAAUGUUUUUGUACCAUUGACCAGUACUAAUAUAAAGUUUACAUAUAAUGAAGAUGAACUAUAUAUGUGCAAUAUAUAUAUUAAACAAUGUUUUCAACAAAGGCCUUUUGUCGGGAUGUUAGUAGCAUGGAUCUCAUGAUCGAGAAAAUGCAUGUGCUUUUAUAAUCACUAUAGUAUAAAAGCACAUGUAUUUUGAACUUAAAUCCUAAUUAGUCAGAGAUCAAAGUAUAGAAUCAAAGUUAUUGCAAAAAGUUUUAGUUCUUAGUCUUCUUAGGAUAUUCAAUAAGAUCAAGUCCUUGGUUCAUAAAUAAACAACUGCAGACCUCAAUGACUAGGAAUUCAAUCAUUUUCACUCAGCAAGUGAACCAAGCUCAACUUGUCAAACUGUUUUGAGCUAUGAAAGGAUUAAUGAGAUUAGUGAUGCUAGCUCAGAGAUUAGUUUUAUUCCAGAGCAAAGCACAUGAAUAAUACUGAAUACAUAUCACAGAUAAAAAUAACUCAAAGUUUGACAAAAACAACACAGUGUUUUCAUACUUGACUGUUGUUUAUAUAAUUUGUGAACAAAGACAGGAUUUAUUAAAAUAAUAUUCACAAUAAUGUUUAUUCAUGAAUUUUUAUGGAAUAUAAUUCGUAUAAAUAUAAUGAUAUGAACAUUUCUAUAAAUUCAUGGAAACAUUAGUAGGCUAUAAAUUAGGCUAUAUAUAUGUUGCAUGAAAUUCCAGCUACACCCCCCCCCCAAAAAAAAUAUUUUGCAAAGUAUUUGUCACUGAACUUAAGGCUCGCUCUAUAUGACUAUACUCGACAAUGGAUCAAAGAAGUUUAAUAAUUUAUUUUCAGUCUUAGGAUUAUCAACAUGCUAAGAGUAAAGUUGUCAGGGUUAUUAUAAUUCAGUGUUCGCUGGGAUAUUCUAGAAGUUGACUUCAAACUGUCAUAAUAACAUUAGCGCUUGUAUUUGCACUGUCAUCUAAACAAUACAAUGUUGUGAUGACGUUUAUUUGCGGAUGGUUUUAAUAUGCAAAUUUCUGAUGUAAUACAAAUACGUGGAUAAACUAAAGCACGCUGUAUGAGAAUUUCAUUAAAACAUUUCUUUUAUUUUUCUCCUGUCGCAAACAUCAGAAAGCAGGCAUUGACGAAAUUAAAGCAGGCAUUGACGAUACAUGGCGCGGAAAUUUGUAGAUGGAAAUUUUGAGUAUAAAUUUUACACUUACAUUUGUUAAGAGCAAAGUGGCAAACCAGAAACUGUACAAAAUUCCAUCUACAAAAUCCUUCAUUCUUUAAUCUUAUACUGCUACUCAAAUCUAAAGCUUUUUAUAGAAACAUUUUACGCACUAUUGCGAUGAAUACUUGUGGCCAAGAAGACAAGUACUUGAAAUGAAAACAACCAUGGGAAUAGAGUUUCUACAAUUUAAUGUGGCUUUGAUAACUAUAAGCGCGCCGCGGCGUGCUUAAUCAUCAUAAGCAUCGCCGAUCAGUCCAAAAACAACAUUGCCAUUGGUCAUCAUUUGAAAUAGACGCGAUAUCAUCCAUUAAAACCCAGGCAAGCCUAAUAAACUAUUUUCCUCAUUCCUCAAACCACAACUCAAAUAUUUAUUAACAUUUGACGCUACAAUACUUGCCCAUACUUGGCCAUCAGUAAACUAACUAAUACUUACUUUACGACCUCAACACUUCUCUGACGUCACACGCUGACGCCACCGGCCGGGUGAUAUUCAAAAUACGCCAAAAGCGGUUGUUUACGAUGACCUGGGGGAAACAUUUGACGUUAUUGCCAAAAGGAAAUAUUAAAACUAUAAUCUAGAUGAAACAUUCACGCCCAAAUGGCGUGGUGUUAAUUCCUCGAAGUUUUAAGACAGUGGUAAAAGGUGACUUUAAAUAACGCGGAAUAAGUUAUAUAAAUCACCAAGAUCAUCGCAACCAAUCAUGGUUAACUUAAAACAAAAAAGAAAAGCCAAGAGUAAUUCUCAGUGAAAGCUAACUAAAUAUUCACACUAUUUAAAACAAAAUAUCAGGCUUGAUUCUAGUUAUGAAACUUAUAAGCAAAGUAUUUGGCGGACAUUUUGGCAGUAGGGGGAGGGGGAACUUAUGUUGCCAACCGAUAUGCCCACCUUUUGUAGCUGCAAAUCUUAGUUCUUUAACAGUUUUUUUGCCUUAAAUUUCCUGCAAAUAUAACUUAAUCUAUAUAGUCAAGAUGACAUGAAAGUCAAGCACAAAUCGACGUAAAUUUCAUAUCUUAAAUUCCUAAUGAAAUGAAUGUUCUUCAAAUAAUUGUGAUAUGGAGAUAAGCGUAUAUUGUAUGAGUGUAUAUAUAUUGUGUAAGAUAAGUGUUCAAUAACCAAAACAUCUCACCACAACUAGAAUUAUAAGCAAUAUCAAUACUGAGUAUAAAUAUUAUUUGCCAUGGUUUUUCUCCAUGUACUAAUAUGUACAACAUAGUAUAAAGUUGUAAUAAAUAAAUGUAUUGUAUUUGUAGGGCGAGCUCUCCAUGGACAACCUUUAAGCAGUAAAAUAAUUUCGUAUCUAAUUGCUCUGACUCAUUGUCUCUCCAAUUUUGGCAAUAACAACAUAACACAAAAGAAAGCUCUUAUCGAAUACAAAGACUAUUAAAAUGCAUUUUUUUUACAGAGUGUAAAAUAUUUGACCUCCCACAGAAAUUUUUUAUCAAAUUGCCAGAAAAACAAGGCAAGCUUGGGUAAUUGCGUCUUCGCAUUCCAGAUUGCUGAAUUUAUAUGCAUGUUAGCAUAUACAAAUUUACUGCCAAACUUUCAAGCCUCUCAAAUGAAAACUACUGUGGGGUGUAGUAAAGGGUCAAGGCUAUCAAAAAGUAAAUAAAAAUAUUCUGACCAUGUAAUAUUUUAAUCUUCACGGAAGGAAACACGCCACAUGCAACGGAAUUAACGAUGUAAACUUUAUUGUUCAAAAUAUUCUCGAGAAUACACUAUUUGUUCUGCUCUCCUGGUAAAGAUUGACAUGUUUAUUCCGAGGUGCGUGUGAGAAACGUCUUCAAAUCUAUUCACACCAUAUCAUGUUACAAACUCGAGUAUGGGUGUGUGGGUGCUAGUCUGCUAGAAAUAUAUCCUUCGUAAUCUGACAAUAACAAAUAUGAUCCUCACUUCAUUAUUGUUCAUUUAUUGGUUACACAAAUUUCGCUACUCAAGUAUCAAUCAACCAUGGCGAUUACCACGUUGGCAAGCACUGUGUGAUUCUGCGGCUAUUCUUGUACUUGUAUCGUACCAUAUUAAAAAAUAAAUAGGUUCAUACGAACAGAUCUAGAUCUGAAUUUAUAGAAAUUUGGGAAUAAAUAAUAUCUCCACCGGGCAAGUGAAUUUUCAACUGACUACUUAAAGGCCCAGUUCAGCCUUUUGAUUGAUGGUUUUUAAGGCGCAUAUCAGCCCUUUUGAUUGAAAAACUAACUAGGAAAAUCAAUUAUGCAUAAUUCAAGAUCAAUAAAGUAAAACUCAAUGUUUUUAACAAUAAAAAUGUUUUAAAAUGUUAAAAACAUUACGUUUGCUGAUUUUGAAUUAUGCUUAAUUGUUUUCCUAGUUAGUUUUUUCAAUUAAAAGGGCUGAAAUGCGCCUUAAAACCCAUCAUUCAAGAGGCUGAUUGGCUGAACUGUGCCUCCGACGCUUGAAACGUCUAGAAUUUGCUUUUGUUUUUCAAGCAGAUCUAUAUCCUUGACACCGCAGCAACAGAUUAAGAAUAUGAGCUACUUAAUAAUCUAUACUGCCACCAACCGUCCAACUGCUAAUCCUAGAGGUCCAGUAAGGUCAUCUCCAGAGGGUCAUCUCUUAUUGGUCCAAUGUCUCCACUACAUAGAGAAAACCUACACUAAACUGGAUAGUUCUACCAGUUCUAAAGUGUUACCCUUAGAGUCAGCCCGUACUUGUCCAAAAGAGGAAACCAGAGUUCCUUAAAAACCUGCUGCGGGCGUAGAAUUGACUGGAAGUACUUGAAAAACUGCAAAUAAUAACCUAGACUUGCCGUACACUAUAGCACGAUAUUUGAGAAUCAGAACACAUAUGUACAGAUCUAAUCAUGUACAGGAAAUCAGACUUUUUAUAAAAAAAAUUAAUCUACUUAUAAUCGCACGAAUCACCCAGUCUUAGCAUGUCACAGCGAUCUGGAGCACAUGUGUGCAUGAUCAGUGAUAUAGCACAAUUCGAGAUAUAAAACUAUUUUUAUAAAACGCCAAGUCUUCCCAUGUUAAUAAAUUGGACACUCGACGCGUUUCCCGUUUUAAUAAGUUCAAUACCACUUCCAAAGAGUAGAUUGAUCAUCAAAGAUUAAUUUUAGUCUCCCUUGUUCUUUUCUAGAAACCUUGAAAUCUUAUGGUAUUUUUGGAAGAUUGAAAAUGAUAUACAGUAUAAAGCAUUUUAAAGGGUAAAGUGAAGUAAAAUAAUAUAUUACUGGGUAAAUAUAGAGAUUUUGGGGUAUCUCGUUGGACUCUAGUCUGUAGCUCAGUUGGUCAGAGCGCUGCACUGGAAUCACAGGGCCACAGAUUCGAUUCCUGCCAGAAGGACUAGUUGCAUUUUUCGCAACUGCUCCUGGUAACAUCCAAAAUUGAAUAUAACCUUCGGCUCGAAAUUUCCAUCUACAAAAAAUCCUUCAACUUUGAGACUUACUUACUGCAUUACUGCAUCUCAUCACUCUAUGUCAUUAAAAAAAUCCAUUCUCUGUCUAUGGAAAUAAUAUUUGCAUGACUAAAUGCAAUGUAUAUACUAUAACCAUAUAAUAGCAUGAAAAUGAUCAAUUGACAAUCAUGGACAUUUGACAUUACCGAUACUGUUUCCAAAUAGGAUUCGUCUCCACACACACACACACACACGCACACACACACACACACACACACACACACACACACACACACACACACACACACGCACAAUUUUGAAUGCCUUUGAAUUAUAGCUGAACAAUUGUACAAUUGAGCUGUAACAAUAAUUUUACAGCCGUGAAAGCAUUGGUAUAGGGUAUAAAUUAAGGAAAUUUGCCAACCUACAUAAGGAUGUAUGGCGCCGAUCCUAAAUUUGUCAGCCCUCCCCCAAUGACCCCAAUCAUUCGCUUUAAAACUGGAAUCUUAGUCAAAAUAAUGAAUAAUGUCUUGCUAUAGUUGACAUGCACGAAGCAAAUGAAACAUUGUGACUGCACUAGCCAAGUAAGCAUGCAGUAUACCUUUCACGAAUACUGAAUUUCACUUUGCCAAUUUUACACUAUCAUUAUACACCCAAUCAAUGUUUUAAUAAAUCAGUUUUUGAUAGCAUGUUUGGCUUGGCAGCAACGUCAUGAGCUGCCGUGUUUAUUAUUGUAUGCACCGCCAAUUUUGAAACGACCCUAUUCAAACAUUUUAAUUAUUUUUUCCUUUUAUUGUAGUUCGCAUAGUAGCACAAUACAAAUAUAUUUAUUGUUGUAGUGUAAAUGCCAGUUCCAAACACGCAUUACUUGGGUUGCUAUAACGCGCGAUAUAUUGUAAACUAAAAAUCUAAACUUUGCCCUAUUACGGAGUAAGUUACGAAGGUACCGGUGAGCCCUUUACGGCAUAGUUGAAUUUAUUGAUAAACAUUUCGUGUGGCGGUCUUCUAGGGCGUUCGUGUGACAUUUAUUGAUCGAGGUUUAUCUAAUAAGCCAUAUUAGCCAAUCAGAUAAGAGUAUCACUAAGCCAUUGACGUCAUAGCGGUAGGGUACUGAAGUGAUAAAUACGCGAGUGCAGUGUGCCUUUGAUCAGUCAAGUAUAUAGCAAGGUGAUAUAAACAUUAAACAGUGAGGAGAAUUGUAAGGAACUUAUCUUAUUCAACCAGGAGCAACAAAGCUCAGUUUUUUUCCAUACUAAGAUGUGCAGACUGCGUGUUUUAAACGAUGCACCUAUGACGAUGCUGGAACGUGAAUUUGGUGGAAACUACAUGGAUUUACAUGCGGAUGUUCAUUCGCUGUUCACCAAGACAGCCUCAGAGGCUGAAGUACUUUCAAUGUAUAUCAACGGCGCAGAGCCGUACCGCAAGAAAAAGGCAAUAACGAAGAUAUUUCGCCGCAGUAAAUAUGUGCCCAGACUUGAAGACAUUGAGGAAAGAGCGGAGAACUGUGAACUUGAAAAUGACGAUGUUAGAUUGGCGAGUACGCUUGAUCUUUCAUUGACAUGCAUUCAUCUCGAACGAGCGAUCAGCGCAGGGAUAAUGGCGCAAGAUUCGCGAAGACGCAGACACAAAGCUUCGAGUCCGAGCAGAGGACAAGAUAGUCCACGCAGAGAGCGUCGCAGAAGUCGUCGUUCUGCUGGAGAGAAAGCCAGUGUGUGA